CUCCGCCUCCACUGUUCGGUUCCCUCCCCAGCUCUCGUCUCCCGACACUCCAAACCCCACCCAUGGCGGAGCGCCUCGCGUCCUCGGCCUCCCUGCUCCCCAGUGCCGCCUCCCCUUCGUCGUCCACCCGCCGCGCCGCCGUCGCCUCCGGGCUCCGCCUCCGCCCGUCGCCGUCGCGCUUCUCACAGGCUGCGAGGAGAGCGCGCGGUGGCGGUGGCGCCGCCGGGGUGGUGCCGCGGCUGCGGGUGGUCCGAUGCAUGGCGGCGUCGGAGGCCGCGCAGCUCAAGAGCGCGCGGGAGGACAUCAAGGAGAUCCUCAAAACCACCUACUGCCACCCUAUCCUGGUCCGUUUGGGAUGGCAUGAUUCAGGUACAUAUGACAAAAGUAUCGAGGAGUGGCCACAGAGAGGUGGAGCCGACGGAAGCUUAAGAUUUGAUCCUGAGUUGAGUCAUGGAGCCAAUGCUGGUCUUACUAAUGCUUUAAAGCUUAUUCAACCAAUCAAGGACAAAUACCCAGGUAUCACCUAUGCGGAUUUGUUCCAGUUGGCGAGUGCUACAUCAAUUGAGGAAGCCGGUGGCCCGAAACUUCCGAUGAAAUAUGGGCGGGUAGAUAUCACAGCACCUGAGCAAUGUCCACCCGAGGGGAGGCUUCCUGAUGCUGGCCCACGUAUUCCUGCUGAACACCUUAGGGAUGUAUUCUAUAGGAUGGGCCUUGAUGACAAGGAAAUUGUUGCAUUGUCUGGAGCACACACACUUGGAAGGUCACGCCCCGACAGGAGUGGCUGGGGAAAGCCAGAAACAAAAUAUACAAAGGAUGGGCCUGGUGAACCUGGAGGGCAAUCAUGGACAGCAGAAUGGUUGAAGUUUGAUAACAGUUACUUCAAGGACAUAAAAGAGAAAAGGGAUCAGGAGCUUCUAGUAUUGCCUACAGAUGCUGCACUAUUUGAUGACCCAUCAUUCAAGGUAUAUGCGGAGAAGUACGCAGAGGACCAGGGUGCAUUCUUCAAAGACUACGCCGAAGCCCAUGCCAAACUGAGCAACCUUGGUGCAAAGUUUGAUCCUCCUGAGGGAUUCUCGUUGGACGAUGACAAGCGUGCCGCGGCAACCGACGAGAAGCCGGUUGCUGAUCCAGCACCAACGGAUGCUACUAAUGGCACAGGACCGCAACCAGAGCCCUUCGUUGCCGCCAAAUACUCUUACAAGAAGAGAGAGCUAUCCGACACGAUGAAGCAGAAGAUCAGAGCCGAGUACGAGGGCCUUGGAGGCAGCCCAAAUAAGCCUAUGAAGUCCAACUACUUCCUCAACAUUAUGAUCGUGAUCGCAGGAUUGGCAUUCUUGACUUCUCUGGUCGGGAACUAAGAGCGGUGGUCUGACGAGUCUUUUUUUCUUCAUCUGUUGUAAUUAACCAUUUUCCAGGGACUGGUCGGCAUGCAAGAUGAGCAUGUAAAACAAAUGCAAUGCUUUUGGUCAUCUUACGUUGUCUUGAGUUUUCAUCAUUCGAAGUAAAAAGAGACAAAACCAGUAAAUUGCUGGAAACACUGAACCGAUCGAUCAACAAAUCGAUAUGAUACCUGAUUACAAGAUGGA